CCACCAUCAAUUUUUUGGGCAUAUCAAAACCCUAGAUUUCAAAUUUUUAUUUGGAUUAACAAAAUCAGAAAGAUAAAAUACCAGCACAAAAGUUUUGAUUGGGAAAUGAGGGCAGAAAUUUGAAACCACACAAGCGCUACGGAUUUAUCGUUCUCGAAGAAUUUUGAUCAUCGAGUUCGGCAUCUCCGCCCAAUCAGAGUUGCAGCCCCUCCUCUUCUCCUCCCUCCUCCGUCAGCUCGCCAAUUUUUUAUCUGCUAUUAAAUUUUUGUUAAUAUUUUUCUGUAACCCUACUUGUCCAUGCGCAUACAUCAUGUGUAUGAUUAAAAAUUCCGAGGAACAAAAACAAUGUACUAACAAUAAGUAGUUGAAAAUCGCCGAAGCAAUUUCGGUUUCUUCUGGUUUGUUUUUGUUUUACGAUCUAGGGUUUCUGGGUGUUUUUGAGAACCCAGGUUUCGGAGAAAUUUCGAGGGAGGUAGAAGUAUUUAGAGAUCAAUGGCUCAAAAUGGUCAGGGAAUAGACCCUGCCGUACUCGAUGAUAUAAUCAAUCGGCUAUUGGAGUUCCGGCUAGCGAGAACCGUCCGGCAGGUUCAGCUUUCGGAAGCGGAGAUCCGUCAACUAUGUGCCGCUGCUCGAGAAAUCUUUCUUCAACAGCCUAAUCUUCUAGAGCUCGAAGCUCCCAUUAAGAUCUGCGGUGACAUUCAUGGACAAUACGGUGAUCUGUUAAGGCUGUUUGAAUAUGGAGGGUUUCCUCCAGAUGCAAAUUACUUGUUUCUAGGGGACUAUGUGGAUCGUGGGAAGCAGAGUCUUGAAACCAUAUGCCUUUUACUCGCCUACAAAAUCAAAUUCCCUGAAAACUUCUUCCUUUUAAGAGGAAACCAUGAAUGUGCUUCCAUCAACAGGAUCUAUGGCUUCUAUGACGAAUAUGACAAAAUACUAUGCAUGCAUGGUGGUCUUUCUCCUGAUCUUACAAACUUAGAUCAAAUAAGAAACUUACCUCGCCCCACUGAUGUUCCAGACACCGGUUUGCUUUGUGAUUUACUCUGGUCAGAUCCUAAUCGUGACAUUAAAGGUUGGGGAAUGAAUGAUAGGGGAGUUUCUUAUACUUUUGGUCCUGAUAAAGUUGCAGAGUUCUUAAUGCAGCAUGAUAUGGACCUUGUUUGUCGUGCUCAUCAGGUUGUAGAAGAUGGGUAUGAAUUCUUUGCUGAUAGACAGCUUGUUACUAUAUUCUCUGCUCCAAAUUAUUGUGGUGAAUUUGAUAAUGCUGGUGCUAUGAUGAGUGUUGAUGAGAGCUUAAUAUGGAUGACAGCAGGAGUGGUGGUGUUGUGGUUUUCUGUGAAGAACAUGUUGGAAAGACCUUUUGUUGAAGUUUUUUCUGCUUUUAAGACAUGGAUUAAAGGUUAGACGUCUUUUAGUUGGUGAGAUAACGCCUAGAGAUUAAUAAGAGAUUAAUCGAAAAUUUUACAACAUUGUUUAUUCCAUGUUUUUGGCCUUUUGAUUUGGUACCAAUACUACUUUAGUGAUGUUUGAUGUAUGCUUGAGACAUCCUUUGUGGUUUUCUAGCUUUGAAACAUUUUUAUUUAUUUAAUGUUUGAAAAUGUAUGAGAUUUUCGUUGUAAUAUUUUUAUGAAAAUAUGAUUUCCAAAAC